UUUUAUUUCUCCGUCUAUCGACCAGUCUUUAAUUUGUUACAGUUUAACUUAAAUUUAAGUUGUACUGUUUCAAAAUGAUAUUUGAAUAUGAUAAGGAAGAUACAGACGAUACCUUCGACCGACUUGAUGCUUUAAAAUUAGAGAUUGAAAAAAAGGGAAAACUGAUCGAAAAAUCAAAAGCAACGCACCAAGAAUUAGUGGAUGAAUUACAACAACGACUUGUAUCUUAUGAAUUACAAGUAACCAGGAUAUUAGAAAUACAAGAUGAGAAAACAAAGGGAAAUGAAGUCUUAAGUAAAUUAUCUGAAACAAUGAACGUCAUUGAUGCACAGACCACCAAAGUGAUUGAACAUUAUAAGAGGUUGAAGGAUAUUUCGUCAACUUAUGACACCAACAAAGUAACGUUAAAGAAAGCAAUUGCUUACGUUAAAAGUUUAGAUGAAGAAACCAAACAAAAAACAGAAGCAACAAUUAAAAACCUUAAAACUAAUAUUGCCAAUUCGAAAGAAGAAAUUACAUUGAGGCAAAAACAGAACAAAGCCAAACUACAAAGUUUACAGAUGCAACUAAAGAUGACACAGUCAAAGAAAAGAUCUCUAAAAGUUGAACUAGAUCAAACUAAGCAUCAAAACACGGAACUUGUUAAAAUAUGCGACGACUUAAUUCCGCACCAGAAGUAGAUCUUAUUUCUAUUAGUUUGUUGCUAUGAUUUAUUAUUUUUCCCUAAAUUUGCACUCUUUUGUUCCAUAUUACAUUAUUUUCAUAUUCCUUUACUGCUACCUAUAUAAUAAUAAUAUAAAAAGAAGGGAUACCGUUGGGUGGGGGAAGAUGGGACACCUUCUAACUCUAUUUUAUCGUUCCAAUAGGUAGUAAACAAAAAACGUUUAAAUAAUUAUAAAACUAUACCGUCACGACUUCCAUAGACCGUUGUUAAUUGUUUAAUACACGAUCAGGAUAUUCGUAUAUUAUGUGCUAAAGAUGUCCCACCUUCCCCCCACUCCAUUAUAUCAUAGAACGUGUCCGCUAUGGGAAAAUCCCGUUUACUAUAUAUGGCCAUGCGGUAAAAAAAUUAACUUUGCAAGCCAAGCUGUUUCCAGGUUAAUUUAUAAAAGAUUUUAGGUGACAAAUAUUGAAAUUUGAUCAUCUUUGAAAUUUGGGGUUAGAGGUUAAAAACUGUGAAGAUUUUCUUAAUAGCAGAUUCGUUCUAUGUUAUAUCACCCCCUGCUAUAGUAAAAUAGAAUAGUGCGUUUUUUCUUUUAUUGUUUUUAGAAAUAUUCGCACAGAAUCUAAGUUUGUUACUAUUUUUUUGCUGAAUCCACUUGAGAUUACAAUAUGGUGAGAUUGAGGUAUAUAUUAUAACUCCUUCAUUUUGAGAAAAUCUCUUUUUGUCAUAUUUUGUACACUAUUGUUAAGCUGGUUGUUUUUUUGGAGAAAGCAAACAAACUAUUGAAUUAGUGUGGAUGGCCAAUAUAUAUUACCAACGUCACGUCAGGAAACGGCGCUUGUGUCCGCCAUUAUGGAGCCCACAGAGCGUAAACCGCCAAUACAAAUGCAUUGUCGGCGUG